GGCCGGGUCUGAUCAAUGUGCAGCCAUAUUAUCUGGUGUUCGUAUAGACCUUGCUUAUUAUGAAUUGGGCCUCCUACUUUUCACUCGAGCGCGUUACAGUAGCAAAAAAUGAUGAGCGGCAUGGCAUCUCUUUGUAAAAGACUAAGUAUCAGGGAUCUCGUUGCAAAUUCACCUGUUUAUACUUCUGCCACCGAUGUAUCUGGAGAAGGAUUGAGCUUGAUGUUCAGGCGAUGGGCUACCAAAAAAACAGCGGGGUCCACAAAAAACGGCCGUGACUCACUCCCCAAGAAUCUCGGAGUGAAGAAAUUCGGUGGAGAGAGAGUGAUACCUGGAAACAUAAUUGUACGACAAAGGGGCACACGUUUUCAUCCAGGGAAUUACGUUGGAAUCGGGAAAGAUCACACACUUUAUGCUUUAAAAGAAGGGUGCGUCAAAUUCGAGAAGCACAAAAUUACUGGUCGAAAGUGGAUUCAUGUGGAGCCGAAAGAAGGUCAUGAAAUUCAUCCCGUUUACGCGAGUGCUGCUGGAGUUGCUCCUAAGAUGAAGACUUCAACUUAAAACUUUUGUUUCGUCAUAUGAUGGUUUGUGUUAUCGCAUACAGCCUUUGCAUGUUUCUUUUCAAAUAACGAUAUCUUACUCCAAACUGUUUCGAACUCCAGAAUUUCGCUCAACAAUUCAUCCCAUAUGUUGUUUCCUUUUUCUAUUGUGGCUUUGAGCUUAUUUUAAACAUCGGAGAAGUUCUUACUUUUGAUAAGCUAUCUUGAUC